AGGACACUUCAAGUUGAGGCUAAGCACUGCUUGUACUUAAAGUUACUAUGGUUAUCCACUGUGUUCAUUUGCUGAGUUCUCUGCUACCCGAAAGAUGUUUCCCCGCGGUACUGCGCGUUCUAAUUUUAAGCAUUUGCGUUUCACAAGGUUUACACGAAAAUAUACAAAACAAGCUAGCUACGUGCACCACCCAGGAUGUGAACCAUUAACCUAUUCGAAUUUGGGUGAUGUUUUAGAAGAAACAGUGAAUAAGUACCCAAAUCGGGUAGCAAUAAAGUCUAUACAUGAAAAUUUGGAAAUGACUUAUGAGGAUCUACUAAAUAAGGCGGAUGCGUUAGGGUGCGCUCUUCGAAACAAUGGAUUUGAGAAAGGAGACCGACUUGGCAUUUGGAGUCAGAACUGUUCCGGAUGGAUUAUAUCGGCGAUAGCAGCUGCUCGUGCGGGGCUUAUCUCUGUUAUGAUAAAUUCAUUAUAUGAAUCAUCAGAAUUGAGACACUGUAUUAAUAAAAUUGAAUUAAAAGGUUUGGUACUUGGCGACAAUAUAAGUGGCAAGAACUACUAUGAGAUGUUACGACAGUUAAUUCCAGAGUUAAAUAAUACGAAACCGGGAGAUUUGACGUCCGAAACAUUACCCUCCUUGAAAUAUUUAUUUUCUAUGGGAAAAAACGAUUUGAAAGGUGUCUAUAACGUGAAUUCAUUUACGAAUGAAUAUAAUAAUAAGGACACAACGAAAUAUCGAAGAGAAAUAAAACCAGAGGAUGGAGCAAUCAUUCAUUUCACAUCAGGAUCAACAGGUUUACCUAAAGGUGGCCUUGAUUCAAACUUUGCUGUAGUAAAUAGCGCUUACUUUAAUGGGCUAAGAUUUGGCUUACAUGAAGAACAUCACAAAAUUUGUGUGCAGGUGCCGAUGUUUCACGCUUUGGGCUCCAUCGUUACGGUGUUAGGAGGUCUUAGGCAUGGGGCCACUUUAAUAAUUCCAUCACCAACUUACAGCACUGCAGCUAACAUCAACGCCAUGUUUAAUGAAAAAUGUACUACGAUUACUGGUACCCCAACAAUGUACGUGGACUUACUAUCGCAAAUAAGAACCAGGGGAGAGUUACCGGCAAAACUGAAAGUUGCAAUGACAGCUGGCGCACCGUGCAGCCCAAAGAUCAUACAACAGAUUCAGCAACACUUAGCAGACAGGGUCAUGGGUCUAUAUGGUUUGACUGAGAGUACAGGAGGAGUAUUCCAAUCAUUUCUAGAAGACAGUCUUGAAAAAGUUAGUGAUACAGUUGGCUGCAUCCAAGACCAUAUAGAAGCUAAGGUUGUUGAUGAAAAUGGCCGUCCAGUGCCGUUUGGAGAGACUGGUGAGCUUCUGCUUCGUGGAUAUUGUAGAAUGGAUUCGUAUUGGAAUGAUCCAGAAAAAACUAAAGAAUCUAUUGACGAUGAUGGUUGGCUGCAUACUGGCGAUAUAUUCAAGUUAUCCCCUGACGGCUAUGGCACUUAUAUAGCACGAAGCAAAGAUAUCAUUGUACGAGGUGGAGAAAAUAUUGCUCCUAAGGAAAUUGAAGAUCUUCUUAACACUCAUCCUGAUAUCAUUGAAUGCCAAGUCUUGGGUAUUGCUGAUGAAAGAUUAGGCGAAGAAUUGUGUGCAGUAGUAAGGAUAAAAUCAGGUGCCAAAAUAAGCUUGGAAGAAGUAUUAUCAUUCUGUUCAAAGAAAAUCGCUAAAUACAAGAUACCUAAAGUUUUGAAAGUAAUAGACGAUUUCCCUAAAUCCAGUACAGGGAAAAUUCUCAAAACAAAACUAAAAGAAAUGAUAGAUCGAAAUAGCUAAUUACAAUAAUUGAAUGUAUUUACGUAUUUGUUUUUGUAUACAGUGAAAGCUCUUUAUUCGAGGGGUAUAUGUUCUGAAAAUAUGCCGCGAAUACAGAAACCGUGAAUACGGAUUGGUAAUUUAUAUGGGGUUAUAGGGGAUAUGUUCCUAGGUGACAAAAAAAAACAAUUGCAUUGAAGCUUUUGACCAUAUUUAUUAAUUAUUAUUUUCAGGCUUAGGCAACGGUUUAAAGAAUUUUGUA